AAUCCGUAAUAUAAUUUAGUGCUGCGUUUUGUGGUAUGUGACAUUCUACGCGGCUUACGCAGUGCUCUUAAUAAUGGCGUCUGUGUCGGAGAUGCGCUCGGGUUUGGGAAAAUGAAGCGGAGAAGAAGUUAUCUAUUUUAAGAAAAAGCCGGGGUUUCCUUUAUCUGGCUCUACGUCGAAAACAGCGGCGUUUCCAAUAGGUUUGGGUUUACGUUCUUGUCUCUGGAGCCCCGAAAUGAUGAAGCUCAAAUCCAACCAGACCCGGACCUACGAUGGGGAUGGCUACAAGAAACGGGCCGCCUGCUUGUGCUUUAGGAGCGAGAGUGAAGAGGAGGUUUUGUUGGUGAGCAGCAGCCGCCAUCCGGACAAGUGGAUCGUUCCAGGAGGAGGGAUGGAGCCUGAAGAGGAGCCCAGUGUAGCUGCUGUUCGGGAAGUGUGCGAGGAGGCUGGAGUGAAGGGGACGUUAGGACGGCUAGUAGGAAUUUUUGAGAAUAGAGACCGAAAGCACAGAACGUACGUCUAUGUUCUCAUCGUAACCGAGGUGCUGGAAGACUGGGAGGACUCUGUAAAUAUUGGGAGAAAAAGGGAAUGGUUUAAAAUAGACGAUGCUCGAAGAGUGCUGCAGUGUCACAAGCCCGUUCAGGCGUCCUACUUCGAGGCCCUCCAGCAAGCCUGCCUGACCAGCAACGGGACGCCCCUGGUGGCCACCAUAGCCGGAGACCUCUCCCCCACCUACACCAUCAACCAGAGCUCCGUCUCGGGUAUCAGAUAACUAGCACACAAGCGCAACAGCUCCCCGAGCUUUCUCCUCCUCCUCCUCCUCCUUUCUUUUUCUUUUUUUUUUUUUCUUAAUCCUUCUCUCCCUUGCCCCCUUCCCCCUUUUUUUAAUGUAAACACGACAUGGCGAGACAGAGCGGUUCGCCUUGCCAGCCUUGCGUGCCCAAGCAGUGGCACAGACUUGAUAAGUGUUGGGCAAAGCUUAUGAAACACUUUGGAAAUGUAAAGUGUUUUUUCCCCCCUCCCCGUUUCUUUUUAUGUAUUUGCAUGAAGCAUCCCUCAUUUCCCCCUCUCCAAUCCACUUUCCUUCCUUCCUUCCUUCCUUCCUUCCUUCCCCCUCUCCCUCCCUCCCUCCUGCCUUUCUUCCCCUUUCCUCAUCCUAAAUGUGAGGUUUAUUAAAUGCAACUACUUUUUACUGUUGUGAUGUAAAUUACUGGUAUGUAAUUAGUGCUAAAGGUCAUGGCUUUCAACGGUCUUUUUAAUGUCUUUUUAUCUUUAUUUUUCAUUUUUGUUUGUUGUUUGUUUACGUUCUUUGUUUUGUCUCUUUCUCUUGCGUAUUUCUCCCUUGUCCCGAUUGGGAAUAUGUUGUGUCUGUUUAUGAAUGGAUGGACCCACAGGAAGCAGCUUGCUUUGCAUGAGCACUGGUAUUUAUUUGUCUUACGGUAUGGGUGAAGUAAUUUGAAAGAUUGAAAAGGUUUGCUUAAAAAAACCACAAUUGUUCAAUUGUGAAGGUGCAAGUUGUGGUUUUGGGGAAGGGAAGGGAUUGGGGGGCUAUGAGACUCUCUCUUUAAGAUUGUUGGCCUGAGGUUGACCUCUCGCAGAUUUGCGUCUGUGGGCCCCAAGGCCCCCUCUGUAGGUGCGGUUCGAGCGGGACUGUUAAAACCAAGCCAGCUCCUGUCCCAGAAGCACCUUGUUUUGGGUAGGUCCCCAUUCCACCAAGCUGCAAAGGAGCUCUGACCCAGCUGGCCUUAUGGGGCUCAGUAUUUCUCAGCUGAAGGCCAUCUAGUAACAAACAUGCUGGAGGUAAUCUAUGCUUGGUUUACAGUCCAAAGAGGGAGAUUGGAAUAAAUUCUUGAAAUAUUUUUGCUCAGUGAAGUACUAUAACAUGAGAGAGUCCGGUUGAAAAGUCAAAGGCUUUGCUUGGCUUGUUGGAAAGGGACGAAGAUGUGCUGCCUGGAGUUGGUCCCAUUAAAAAAAGAGAAUUUCAAGAUUUGGGGUGGGGGUAGGAAAGGUAGUUGUAUGUGUUCGGAUAUUGUCCCAAGUAUCAAAAAGGAAAGAAAAUGUCCCUGUAAAGAUGGUCUUCCUGCAGAGCCUGUAACAUACAAUGUUGCCAGUUCCUUUUGCGGACGCGCUCCUGUAUCCCUCCCUAUCACCAUUAUCUUACACUCAUGAGCUUUUUAUUUAUUCUGUUUGUUGAUUAAUAUCACGAUAAUGAUGUCCGAGAUUUCAUCAGUCUGUGACUGCUCGGCCGGUGUAGCACUUCUGUGUUUGCAUCGACCGAUGUCAUGGGCGUGUUGCCAUGGCGACGGACCCUAUAUCAACCGCCGCGUAUCGGCACUAGCGCGAUCCCCUUCCAACAUCGUCUCACGUCGUUUCAUUUCAUUUGACUUUGUUCAUGGAAAUUGUUCAUGGAAACAGUUUACACAGUUUUUUGUUUUGCAGUUCUACGUCCCUCCUUCAAACAAACACUGGACUUGUUUUGUUUAAAGAAUAGAUUAUUUUUGGAAGCACUUUUCUAUUAGGUCUUAACAAUUUUUUUUUCUGUUGUAGGUGUUUUUUUUUUUUUUUUUGGUUUUUUUUUUUUUGCUUUUCAUUACUUGUGUUUUUACAUCUGCACCCCCAUCCAAGCACUCGGUCACUUGCUCAACAUGAAAUGAUAAGAAAAAAAAAACUGUUUAUAACGAGACACGGAACAAGCAAAACCUUGAACAGAUUAGACCAUUUUUAACCUGUAAAAAUGCUUUUGAAUUGUAAAUUGAUGUUUUGUGUUUUCUUUCAGUUGUAAAACAUCUUGUUUUUAGCCAACCUGUAUUAACUGCCUUUGUUGUGGUGAGCAGCAAUUGGCUCAACACUGAAAAUUGAGUCACCAUAGAUUACAAGCGUUAAUUUUCCAUGUAAAUGAUCUGUUUUGGUUUCUGUACAGAGCAAAUGCAUAUACAAUAACAAAAAACAUUUUCUUCUGACAUGCACGAAACGGUACACAAGACACAGUUAUUGCACUAAUACGGAUCCUAAUAGGCUUGCAAAGGCCUUUAUGAGGCAUAGUGCCAUGGAUUGGUUUUUACUGGCUCUUAAGUUUGGAUCAGAGAAUGAGGUGAGCUCAUAGAACAAAAAGUUGGGAUUUCAUCUCCUGAGUAGGAUCUCUUGAUUGGGAGCUGUGGCAAAAGCCAGGGGAACUCUCUUCAGCUCCCAAGUUUCUGCCCCGGCUUUCAAAAAAAGAAUGGCUGGCACAGCCACUCCGCACAACAAAAUGGUGAUGUGAACCUGCACCCCCCCACCCAUUCCACAGACCUUUGGAAACCAGGAGAAUUACCCCAUUAGAGAAGGGUGUUUUGGCGGAGGUUGUAUGCGUCGCCUGUCCGCCAUACUGCUCUGCCCUCCGCCCCCUGUCCUGGCUGCCCUACCCCAAACCCGCAUGAGCUUCUGUGCUUUUCUGCCACUCUGCCAUCUGAGUCCGCAGACAAACCCAAAGGCUCACCCAGCAUUUCUGAAAGCAAAGCAGGUUUUCCCCAGUAGUGACCCAAAAUCCUCCUCUCCUUCAGAACAGACGCCACAAACCCAAGCCCCCCCCCCCCCCGUCCUGCCUGGUUUUCUAUCAACAGAACGGCUUGAGUUGUUCCCCCCACUCCGUGCCAAGCACACACUGGCUGUCCAUCACCGCGGCAGGUCGGGACAGAGAGAGAGAAUAGGCCUUUCAGACUGAAACCUGGUGACACGGGCGACCGAGGUGGCCGAGUGCAUUUCCUGUCCGAGCGACACCAUUCUCGCUUUGCCAAAAAAAAAAACCCCCAGAAGCCUCCGAGGCGCACCCACGUGUUUUUCUGCAAUGUUGUCACACCGUAAACAUCACCGCUUUUUUUUUUUUUUCUUUGACGUUGAUUUUCAGGUUGACGAGAUUAAUUGGGAGAACUCUGCACACAUUGUCAGGCAAACAAAAACGAAGUAGUGUCCAGCAGACCCAGCGUACAUCUGCAACUGCUCCCUUCCGUUAACCUUCGGACUCCUGAUAAGAGUACAGGAGCAGAGCACAGCCCAUUCUAGAUUAGGCGAGUUGCAUAACUGACACAGCAGCGGUGACCUGCACGCCUGUACCCCAGAGCCAGUUUGCGUGGUGCAGUUCAGAAGUUCACAACCCUGACUGUUUCGCAGCCUUGAUCUGUCCUGUUUUGGCUUCCAAUGAGAGUCAUCGUGACCCUUGCCGUUUGUUUAUAGAGCCCAUGUUAUUUAAGGUUUUUUUUUUUUUUUUUUUGUAAGGCAUUACAUUACAUUACAGGCAUUUAGCAGACGCUCUUAUCCAAGGCACAUAUUAAACUAGGCCAAAACUGAUUUGAGGAAGGCACUUGCAGUUACAAAAUGUAGCGCCAUAUUCCUGUUGUGAAGAGUUGAAGUUUGACUCUCUAACCUCCUCCUUUAAAAUUAGUAUUGGAACUUACUCUGAGAAAAAAAUGGAUUGUCAAAUCUGCAGCAUCCCUUUACCAGGGGGGUUUUGUGGAUGUCUCUUGCCUAAGUACGUUUAUACUUUUACUUGAAUCCAUUUGAGGUUGAAUGUAAUGGGGAUACCUUAGCUCAGUCACAUCUGGUCUAGUGACAGCAGUGGUGCCAGUAUGUGGGUUAACUCCAAUGCCAAUUUGUUUGUCGGAAGUUGCUGCUGACCAUCGAUAUAGCCUAGGUUCCUGUUUGUUUGGGUGGACUGGCCUCCAUUUUGUCAUGUCAGUCGACAUUUUCAGCGACAGUGGCAUAUUAUACUGGCUGCUCUUUGAACCCUAUUUCAUUUUACAACUCUGUUGUUGGUUAAGAGCAAGACAUGCCGUUCAAAGUCUCAACCUGUCUGAUAAGCGCAAGUAUAUUCCACGGCGGUGGCAAAUAGUAACGUGACAAUAAGGCCUCUUACAAUAAAAACAAAGUUGCCAGGUGGUAGUGCAGUGCACACAUCCCUUUAAAAUGUUAUUUUUAGCUCUCUGCUGUUUGAAGAUAUGAUAAUAAUUUCUAAUUUACUUGUAUUUUUACCUUUACCAUUGGUCAGUUAUUCAUUGUAAAUAUGACUAAAAGGUUAUUAACUCAAAACCUUUAAGCCUGUUAUAUUAUCUAAGAUGUUCCCCAUACUAAUAAAACCUCUGAAUGUGAAGGCGUCGUAAUCCGAUUACAUUUCGUUCGUUUACAAUGGAAAGGUCUUCGUUUCGUAGUUUCUUAGCUGUAAGGAGACAAUCCGGUAUUGAAAAAUAUCACGCUCUGGUCCCCUGUCGGCGUUCUCUCCGAUACGUACAUUUCUGACACGCAGGCCUGCAAUGCUUAUGAAUCUGCAGCUGGUUGAUGGUUUGGGUGCAUUAAAAGGGAAGAGAAUAGUAACGGUGGAUCGGCGUUGCUGUAAGGACUGAAAGGAAUUUGAAAUAACAGCCGCGUUUGCUUACAAACUCCCCCUUUUGUGCUGUACGGGUUCACUGUGUGGUGGGGCUAUACAGUCCUGUGUAAGGAGUCAGCGCUGCUCUGUGAUGGUCAGAUGCUCUCUUUCUCUGAAGCCUUAGACAGGGUACAGCAAAUUAAUCUUUUAAAAAUCCCCCCCCCCCCUUCCCUGUUUUGAGUCCUUAUUUCCUUUGGUUUCAAUAAGGGGUCUGAAAUUGGGAUGCAAGGGCUCGUUUUAAAAUGCACACAAGGAGUAAUGCCUGAACCAUUUUUGGCAAAACAGAAUUUUUUAGCUGCUUGCAGGUGAGAGUGAUGCCAACCGUGGCACCACCUAGUGGUCAGAUGUCGCCCCUGCAAGACUGACUAAGCCGGGAUCAGCUUCUUCCAUUUUCCUCUUUGUGGAACUUGUCAGCAUGAAUGUAUUAACUUUGUAUGAUAGUGCUUUAAACCACCUUCUCAUAUUAAUGCCAUUCUUACACAAUUGUUCGGCUUUGUAAAUUUUGAUCUCUAGAGUUUCUUUGUUUCUUACUGAUUUAAGCAGACAAAGGUAGGAUUGAGUUUGGCUGAACUAGGGAGGGAUUCAUAAUGAGGUAAUGAUGGAAAUGCUUGUUUUUAUGGAAAAUGGCAUGCUGUAGUAAAGACAUUUGGCUGUCUUUCAGUGUUAUAUCUCGACCUUUCUAAAGAAAGGUCUGAUCUAAGUAUCGGUUAAAUCAAAUUCCCUAAAGCAUUUUAAAAUUGGCCCUUGGCCUUGAGUUUGGAUACCCCUACCAGUUCAAGGUAACUGUGAAUUUGAGUGUGGAGAAGGAGAACAUAUCACUGGAAUAUAUAUAUUUUUUGUUUCCAUUUUGGAAUUAUGGAAUAAACAAGUACGAGAAGAAGAUUGUAAUAUAAUGUGCCAACGAAUAAACACACCAGUAUUUCACAAGA